CCAGUGGCAAUACAGCUAGCACACAUUCAAGUCGGGGAAGAAGCAACCAGAACAUGUGCCAAGGAUCUUCCAAGCAAGUCACGCUCCAUCUAAGAACUCCAAUAACAAAUCUUGCCGAACAACGUCACUUAGUAAUGUGAAUCAUUACCGACCAACCUCAGUAAAUUCACAGCACCCUCCCAAUGACAGAUGCAUAAGUAGCACUUGGUCUUCCUCAUAAUCCGGACUAGCAUUUCUCCUCGAUCUCUUUCUUCCCUGUUCAUCUUCAUGAUGAUGGGGAAGAGCAGCCUCCUGGCCUCUUUCCUCUCUCUGCUUCUCUUGCUGUCUUCUUGUGUCGUUGGGGAAAACCCCUACAAGUUCUUCACCUGGAAUGUGACCUCCGGCGACAUCUGGCCUCUUGGUGUCAAGCAACAGGGGAUUUUGAUCAACGGCCAGUUCCCAGGGCCACUGAUCGAUGCCGUCACCAACGAUAACAUCAUCAUCAACGUCUACAACAGCUUGCCUGAGCCCUUCCUCAUUUCAUGGAAUGGGAUACAGCAGAGGAGAAACUCAUGGGAAGAUGGUGUUUAUGGCACCAACUGCCCGAUCCCUCCCGGCGGUAACUUCACUUACGUGAUGCAAAUGAAGGACCAGAUCGGUAGCUACUUCUACUUCCCCUCGCUGGCUUUCCACAAGGCCGCCGGCGGAUUCGGCGGCAUCAGGAUUCUCAGCCGGCCAUUGAUUCCGGUCCCGUUCCGUCCUCCUGCAGAUGAUUACACCCUUUUGAUCGGCGACUGGUUCAAAGCUAACCACACCGACUUGAGAUACUUGUUAGACAGUGGCCGAGAUCUCCCUUUCCCCGACGGCCUCCUGAUCAAUGGCCGAGGACAGUAUGGAAACACUUUCACCGUCGAGCAAGGUAAAACCUAUCGUUUCCGGAUAUCGAACGUCGGACUGGCAACGGCACUGAACGUAAGAAUUCAAGGACACACGAUGUUGCUGGUGGAGGUGGAAGGAUCACACACCCUGCAAAACACUUACUCUUCCUUCGAUCUCCACUUGGGCCAGUCCUGCUCGUUUCUGGUCACAGCCGAUCAGCCACCGAUGGACUACCUCAUCGCCGUCUCGACGCGGUUCACUAGCACCGUGCUCUCGACCACCGCCGUCUUCCGAUACAGUAACUCCGGCGGGAAGUCGGCCGGCCCGCCACCGGGAGGGCCGACAAUCGAGAUAGACUGGUCGCUCAACCAGGCACGAUCCAUUAGAUGGAAUCUGACCGCAAGCGGACCGAGGCCAAACCCACAAGGUUCGUAUCAUUAUGGACUUGUGAACACCACAAGAACCAUCAGGCUUGCCAACUCUGCUCCGGUCAUCAACGGCAAGCAGAGAUACGCAGUCAACAGCGUCUCCUUCAUUCCGGCCGAUACGCCGCUCAAAGUGGCCGACUUCUACAACAUUCAGGGAGUCUUCACGCUGGGAAGCAUUCAGGACAACCCGACUUAUGGACCUGGCUAUUUGCAGACCUCGGUCAUGGUGUCUAACAUGCGAGAUUACGUCGAGAUCAUCUUUGAGAACGGGGAGGACACCGUGCAGUCAUGGCACAUCGACGGAUACUCCUUCUGGGUUGUUGGAUUGGACGGAGGGCAAUGGACGCCGGCGAGUAGGGAUGGUUACAAUUUGAGAGAUGCAGUAGCUCGAUGCACAGUUCAGGUAUACCCCAAGUCGUGGUCUGCGAUCUACAUGCCAUUGGACAACGUCGGAAUGUGGAACAUCCGGUCGGAGAACUGGGCGAGACAGUACUUAGGGCAGCAGUUCUAUCUCCGAGUCUACUCUCCGGCCAACUCAUGGAGGGAUGAGAAUCCGAUUCCGAGGAACGCCCUCCUCUGCGGUCGGGCAUCGGGUCGUCGAACAAGGCCGCUCUGAAACCGUCCAUGCAAGCUUUCAGAUAUCGUCGUUGUCACGAGAGGGUGACAAGCUUGAAGAGAGCUCUCAGUUCAUGUCACAGCUGUCGUAUGCUUCACCACAUUGAUAUGUAGACUUUUACUCUCUUUUUCUUUUUCUUCUGUUUCUUCUACUGCAUCUAUCUUUGGCAUUGAGAAGAAUUUGGUUUGGCCAUGAAGCAUGGCCUGAGAUGAAAGCAGAAAUGUGAUAUGAAUGUUCAAAACUGAGUUUCAUAAUUAAACAAGAAUAUGGAUAAAUUAUUUGCUGAUAAAUAGUGAUUCAAAGUUCUAAAA